GCCAGUCUUCAGCCGCGCACCACAUCGUCGCAUGCCACCCAGACACCCGAGCCCUCGCCCAUAGACACGAUGCCCGCGCAAUUUGCCUCCAAGAUGCCCUCUACCACCGCUGCUAUCCCCAUGGCAAAGGCUACUCCUACCCUGCCUAGGAAGCAGUCGUCGCCCAUGAUGCCUCCCUUCAUGGUCUCUGCGCCGGGCAAGGUCAUAGUCUAUGGCGAACAUGCCGUCGUCCACGGCAAGGCUGCCAUCGCGGCCGCUAUAGCGCUCCGCUCCUAUCUCCACGUCUCGUUCCAGUCCAAGUCGAACCGAACGGUCAAACUGCGCUUCCCCGACAUACAAAUGGAGCACACCUGGAACAUCGACGACCUGCCAUGGGACGCCUUUUCCAAGACGGGCAAGAAGAAGUACUACUACGACCUCGUUACCUCGUUAGACGUAGACCUCAUGGCCGCCAUCCAACCCUUCAUCGACCAAGUCUCCCCCAAGGCUCCCGAGUCAAUGCGCAAGAUACACCACGCCUCUGCAUGUUCCUUCCUAUACCUAUUCCUCUCCCUCGCAUCGCGCAAGGUGCCCCCGUGUGUAUAUACAUUACGCUCCACCAUACCCAUUGGCGCAGGCCUGGGCAGCAGCGCCAGUAUCUCUGUCUGCAUCAGUACGGCGUUGCUCCUCCAGAUUCGCGCAUUGAGCGGGCCACACCAGGAUCAGCCACCGCAAGAGUGUGAACUGAACAUAGAGCGCAUCAAUCGCUGGGCGUUUGUAGGCGAGAUGUGCAUACACGGCAACCCCUCGGGUGUCGACAAUACAGUGUCCUCUGGUGGCAAGGCCGUCCUUUUCCAGCGGAGAGAAGACAAGCCGCCUCUCGUCGUCCCACUAUACAAUUUCCCAGAGCUUCCGCUGCUUCUCGUAAAUACGCGCCAAUCGCGCAGCACCGCCACCGAAGUCGCUAAAGUUGGACACUUGAGAUCAGUCCAUCCUGCCAUUACUGAGAAUAUUCUCAAUGCCAUCGGCCUCGUCACCGAAUCCGCACACAAACUACUCACUACCCCAGAUUUCGACCCCACCUCACACGCCUCGCUCAAACACCUCGGCGAGCUUAUAACCAUCAAUCAUGGCUUGCUCGUCUCGUUAGGCGUGUCGCAUCCGAAACUCGAGCGCAUUCGCGAGCUCAUUGACCACACCGGAAUUGGCUGGACGAAGCUCACGGGCGCUGGUGGCGGAGGCUGUGCCAUUACCAUACUCAAACCGCAGCCUCCAGCGCUCACGAACGGGCACGGCAAUGGUACACACCACCACGACUCUUCCUCUGACGACUCCGACACUUCCUCCGAAGCCGACCCCGACUGCAGCGCAUCGAUAAUAUCGAACGGUACGAAGCUCAAGUACAAGAUUCUCGAUUCGCUCGAGGUCAAGCUUGAGCACGAAGGAUUCGAGAAGUUCGAGACGACAUUGGCCGGUGACGGUGUCGGCGUGCUCUGGCCAGCUGUACUGCACAAUGGGAAUGAAGAGGAGGGCGGAGAGGAGAUUGAUCAGGACAAGUUCAUGAAGGCAGAGGGCACCAUUGGUAUUGAAAGAUUGGUGGGUGUGGUCAGUUCGAGGAGGAAAGUGGUUAGGGAAGUGAGGGAGGGUUGGAAGUUCUGGAGACCCUGGGAGACGCCUGAGUCAUAGUCCGAUGAUUUUUGAGGAUUUAUUUCAACUCUCUGGUUUGGACUACAGCGUAAUUACCUUCUAUUCGAUUUUAUCCGGUUCAGGAGUGUGUAUUAUAUAGUAGGGCUUAGGAAGGAUAGAGGGGGUAAGAGACCUAGGACGUAAGUCGCUGCUUCUGGUACAGUCAGCAAGUCCAUUGUUCUUUGUAAGUAUUCCAUCUGGUAUCUAUGUAGUCUCCGCGGCGGACUUGUAUAAUCUAAUACCCUGGCUGUGAAGGCCAGUGCAAAUCACCAAGUUUGGC